AUGAUGAGUGAUAAUAACGAUCAACUACUGCUACUAUUAAACAAAUUACAAAUAUUUUCUUCUUCAUUUCAAUCAUUUAAUAUAUCAAAUGCAACAUCUAUAACGAAUCAAUCAUCAUCUAGACUAAAUCCUUUAUCAAUCAUAACACUGCUAUCUUCAAAUGUAAUAUCUAAAAUUUAUUCACGAGAGUAUAGGUAUAAUGACUCAAAUCAAAUUGAAAUUUUUACACAACACCAAGCUUUUGUACAACGAGUAAUUGCAACAUCAUCAUCAUGUACAUCAAUAGCAGCUGUUUUGACUGCAAUGUAUUUUUUCCUAGCUAUCGAUCCAAGAAGAUUAGUUUUCAGGCAUCAUUUAGUUUUCUUUUUAUUGUUUUUUGAUUUGUUAAAAGCUUGUAUUUUACUAAUAUAUCCAACAAGAGUUUUAACUCAUUCAGCUGCUUAUUAUAAUAGAAAAUUCUGUCAAGUUGUUGGAUAUUUUACAGCCGUUUCUAUUGAAGGAGCUGAUAUUGCUAUUUUAGCAUUUGCAGUACAUACUUAUUUAUUAAUUUUCAAACCAUCAUUAAAUACUAGAGUUCGAAAUUCAACAAGAAUUGAAGGUGGUCUUUAUAAAUUUAGAAUUUAUGUUUACAUUUUAAGUUUUAUAAUCCCUUUAAUUUUUGCAAGUUUAGCAUUCAUAAAUGGUACCGGUUACACAUCAUUAGUUUGUUGGUGCUAUUUACCAAUGAGACCAGUUUGGUAUAGGCUAGUAUUAAGUUGGGUACCUCGAUAUUGUAUCGUCGUCUUGAUAUUUUUGAUUUAUGGUUUAAUUUAUAUUCAUGUAAUUAAGGAAUUCAAAAGUUUGAGUGGAUUAUUUGUACCACAUAGAUCCAAUCAAGAACAACAUAAUGAUCGACCAACGUUUUUUUCAUCGUUUAAAUAUUUUUAUCAAUCUGUUAAAAAUAACAUAUUACCAAAAAUUAUUAUAGAAGAUGAAACUAACAAGUCUCAUAAUAAAGAAGAGGACAAUGAUGAUGAAGAGUUACAAUCAAUACCAUCAAUAGAGGAUGACUUGGAAGAUUCUACAUCAACGGAUUUUAUUGAAUCACCGUUACCAAAAAGUCCAAUUAAUAACGGAUCAAAUUUUAAUGAGCAUAAUUUAGAAAACUUUAAAAAGAGACAAAGAAUAAUUCAAAAGCAAAUGAAAUCAAUUUUUGUGUAUCCAUUUGCAUAUUGUUUUUUAUGGUUAUUUCCUUUUAUUUUACAAGCUACUCAGUUCAACUAUGAAGAAAAUAAUGGUCCGAUAUAUUGGUUAAAUGUUUUAGGUGCUUUUAUGCAACCUUUCAAUGGAACUGUUGACUCUUUGGUGUUUUUUUAUCGUGAAAGACCGUGGAAAUAUACAACUAUGAAGAAUUUUGAAAAAGAACAUAAACAAAGAGUUGAUAAUAUAAUAUCAAACAAUUUACAACAUAGAGUAAGUGAAGGGCAUGAAUCAAUAAUAACAAUGGCGACAAGUGCAAGAAUAGCUAAAAAUUCAUUGAGUGCAAGUGAUGGAUUAAUUGAUAUGAGCAACUAUAAAACAUGGAGAAGGAUAUUACACAAGCUAAAAUUGCCGCUAUAUAAAUUACCGUCUGAAAAGAAUGUUGCAAGAUUUCAAGAGAAAUAUAUUCGUUCAAAGUUGUUCAAAGAAGGUCAUCCAACUACUAAUAAUAAUCAUAAUCAUAAUAAUCACCACACGUUAUCAAUACCUACGGACAUCACAGAAAAAUAUAAACAAAGACAGUCCUAUAGUGCAGGCACAAAUCAAACAAGAUCUAAUUCUCAUGAUUAUUCGAACGUAUUAUCGGGCGAUGGAAUAUCUGAAUUUAAAUCAAGUUUAGGAAAAUUUAGUUUCAAUAAGAGAGCAAAUUCGAUUCCACUUCCUUUAACAAGAAAAUCAAGUACUGUAAUUCCAUUAAAUGAUAAUAGAAAAAGAUUAUCAGAAGUGGAAGAUCCAAGAGCAAAGAAAACUUUUCAAAGUUCAAAAGAUUUGGAUCAAGAAGAUGGCGAAUUAGAUUUUUUGGAAUUUUUAAAAAGAGGACCAUAA